AUGGCUAACUGCCAGUUCCUCACUCAACUGUUGACCGUGUCAAGUAUUUCAACAAUCUUUGGACUUGAGAUUCUGCUGGAAAAGAAGAUUCUUGCACUUCGUCACACCAGCAAGAACAGGACCCGACAUGGAAAAUAUCACCCCUCCAAUGCCGGGCAUUGCGCCAUCAUCUCUCUCAUCAGUCUCUUGGGGUUAUUCUACUUCUCUGUUCUUUUUGCGCAGGUCCUCCUAUUUCAUCGCUUUAUGCUCGGCAAUCAAACUCUCCAAGCACUCUCUGUCAUCGCCUUUUGCGCCAGCGUCAUCUUAUGGUGCUCGUUGAUCUUGCUUGAUCAAGUCCUGUCCAUCUUUCAAAACGGCCAACGCACGGUGUGUCGAAGAUCGGAAUUUGAGCUUGGAACUGUAUUAGCUGUGAUUUGGACGAGCACUCUUCCAACAGUCCUUCAUCUUUUUGAGACACAGCCUUCCAUUCAACUGGGAUAUGCAGCCAUCCUCACCAUUGCAUUUUUUGUCACUGUUGCGGAGCUCCUCACGUUCGACUCGAAUAUAUCGGUAGUUCGGAUCCGAUUCCCAUACCACUGCGUCUCGCUCGGUUUGCUGUGCUUGGCUCCAGCGCUUCAGGCUUUAGCCGAGAAUCGACCAGCAUUUCCAUCUCUGGCAACCGAAUUCAUCCACAUGGUCAUGAAGAACUGUCUUGGGGCUGCAAUCUAUCUGGUCAGUCCGUUGGAACGACUCAGCUUUAUGCCUCGAUUGCAGCCCAGUCUUUAUGUGAUGCACCUGUGUCUUGUCUACAGCCUAGUCAGUUACUCGAGGGCUCUCAUGCAGCUCAUUUCUUGA